CAUCCAACGGUGCAGAGACAGUUCCUGCUACCUCGCAAAAUUGCCACCCAGCCACACAGAUCCCCCGCCGCCGCCGACGCCGACGCCUCUAACCCCCGCCUUUGGCCACCUGCACCUCCCCGAGCCAGAAAUUCCUUUUCCGUGCCCGUCGAUUCGCGGGAGGCGCCAUGGAGCACGGUUCGGUGGCGGAUUCCAGCGCGUCGACCUUCUCCGUCAUGGAGGAGGAUCACACCCUCGCCAACUCCGUCAGAUUUGUACUCAACCAGGACCCAAGGGUAGCAUUUUGUGGAUAUAGCAUCCCUCAUCCUGCUGAUAACAAAGUCAACAUAAGAGUUCAGACUACAGGAGAUCAAGCAAAGGAUGUAAUGAAAGAUGCUUUACAGGACUUGAUGGUGAUGGGCCAGCAUGUUAGAGGGACUUUUGACAAAGCAGUGGCUGAUUUUAAAUCAAAGAUGCCUGCAGAACAAAUGGAUGUUGAUUUGAAUCAGCAAUGAAGCUGGAGCCCCUGUUCAUCGGGAGCAAUACAAUAUGUGUAACUAGUUUAUUGUCGGAAUGCGGGUUAGUUGCGAUUUCUUCCAUUUGAGGUGUCUAUGGGUCAAUGUCUGGAAAUUGUCUUUAGAGAAGUAUGUACUGUUACCGAGUUCCUUUGUUGAACACUGGAAUGUUGGAGUUUGCUAUGAAUUUAUAAUUAACUCAAUCUCCAAGAAGGUUUUUAAA